AUGUUCAUCAAUCGUUGAUUUUAUUCAACUAACCAUAAAGACAUUGGAACUCUUUAUCUAUUAUUCGGAGCUUGAGCAGGCAUGGUAGGAACAGCUCUCAGCCUUUUAAUUCGAGCAGAACUAGGUCAACCUGGGUCUCUGUUAGGAGACGACCAGAUCUACAACGUUGUUGUAACAGCUCAUGCUUUCGUCAUAAUCUUUUUCAUAGUUAUACCUAUUAUAAUUGGAGGCUUCGGAAACUGAUUAGUUCCAUUAAUAAUUGGAGCUCCUGAUAUAGCAUUCCCCCGAAUAAACAAUAUAAGCUUCUGACUUCUACCACCUUCCUUUCUAUUACUCCUAGCAUCAUCAAUAGUAGAAGCUGGGGCAGGAACAGGAUGAACCGUAUACCCUCCUUUAGCAGGAAACUUGGCUCACGCAGGAGCCUCCGUAGACCUAACAAUUUUUUCCUUACAUCUAGCAGGGGUAUCCUCUAUUUUAGGCGCCAUCAACUUCAUUACAACAGUAAUUAAUAUAAAACCUCCAGCCAUAUCACAAUACCAAACACCUUUAUUCGUGUGAUCUGUAAUAAUUACUGCUGUUCUUCUACUUCUAUCUUUACCAGUUUUAGCAGCAGGUAUUACAAUACUUCUAACUGACCGUAAUCUUAACACAACCUUUUUUGACCCUGCAGGCGGCGGUGAUCCUAUUCUAUAUCAACACUUAUUCUGAUUUUUUGGACACCCUGAAGUCUACAUCUUAAUUCUCCCAGGCUUUGGCAUAAUUUCCCAUAUCGUCACAUAUUAUUCAGGUAAAAAAGAACCAUUCGGUUACAUGGGUAUAGUCUGAGCCAUAAUAUCUAUUGGUUUCUUAGGAUUCAUCGUGUGAGCUCACCAUAUAUUCACAGUAGGAAUAGAUGUAGAUACCCGAGCAUAUUUUACAUCCGCUACUAUAAUCAUUGCUAUUCCUACUGGCGUAAAAGUAUUUAGCUGAUUAGCAACAUUACAUGGUGGUAAUAUCAAAUGAUCACCCGCUAUACUAUGAGCCCUUGGCUUUAUUUUCCUAUUUACAGUAGGAGGACUAACGGGAAUCGUACUUGCUAACUCAUCAUUAGAUAUUGUUCUUCAUGAUACCUACUAUGUAGUAGCCCAUUUCCACUAUGUGUUAUCAAUAGGAGCAGUCUUUGCCAUUAUAGGUGGUUUCGUCCACUGAUUUCCUCUAUUUUCAGGCUACACUUUAGACAAUACUUGAGCUAAAAUUCACUUCUCAAUUAUAUUUGUAGGCGUAAAUAUGACCUUUUUCCCACAACAUUUCUUAGGGUUAUCUGGAAUGCCCCGACGCUACUCUGACUAUCCAGAUGCCUACACCAUGUGAAACACCGUCUCAUCCAUUGGCUCUUUCAUCUCUUUAACAGCAGUUAUACUAAUAAUUUUCAUAAUCUGAGAAGCUUUCGCCUCAAAACGAGAAGUCCUAAUAGUGGAACUUACACCAACUAACCUAGAAUGACUUCAUGGCUGUCCUCCACCCUACCAUACAUUUGAAGAACCUGCAUAUGUAAAAGUAUAA